CUCGGUUCUGUGCCAAGAUCCAACAACCAAAGGCGAUCGAUCGCAAACAGCAGCCUCUGCCUAAGGACGGCAAAGUUGUCACGUCCACCUCUGUCGAGUGACCCAGCUCCAGCCAGCCAUCAAGACACGUGCGUAGCAAUGGCCUUCUACUACGGCAUGGGCGGGCAGUCGUCCUCGCCGUCGUGGGCGGCGGCGGGGAUGGUGCAGGAGGUACUGCCGCCGCCGAGCAGGCCGUGGAGCAAGGCGGAGGACAAGGUGUUCGAGAGCGCGCUGGUGGCGUUCCCGGAGCACGUACCGAACCGGUGGGCGAUGGUGGCGUCGCGGCUGCCGGGGCGCACGGCGCAGGAGGCCUGGGACCACUACCAGGCGCUGCUGGCCGACGUCGACCUCAUCGAGCGCGGCAUGGUCGACGCCCCGGGCUCCUGGGACGACGACGCCACCGCCGGAGAGCGCGCGGGGACGGGCCGCGGCCGCGGAGGAGGGAGCGGAGACGAGCGCCGCCGCGGCGUGCCGUGGACCGAGGAGGAGCACAGGCUAUUUCUGGAGGGGCUGGAGAAGUACGGGCGCGGCGACUGGCGGAACAUAUCGCGGUGGUCGGUGAAGACGCGGACGCCGACGCAGGUGGCGAGCCACGCGCAGAAGUACUUCAUCCGCCAGGCCAACGCCACCAGCCGCGGCGACACCAAGCGCAAGAGCAUCCACGACAUCACCACCCCGUGACCGGCCCGAGGAGAAGACAUCAAGCAAGAUCCAGUCCAGGCUACCUAUCUAUGUACCUGCAUUUUGGCCCCGUAGUAUCGACCUAUGCGAGACGGAAAAGAACAGCCGUCCCUGUGGUUGUGCAGAGUGUAGGAUAAAACUAGCCUGGCAUGAAUCUGGCAUCAACAACCUGUAUUAAGUGGUACUAGUAUGAUCGAAUAAACUGUGCUUGUGUGUCUGGAAGGAUUUUGACAGUCCAGCGCAUGCUCUUUUAACAGAAUUUAAACUA